GCUGAGCAUGGAGAAUUUCCUGGAAGCCAGGCCCUUGGGGGAGGAAUCCCUCCAGAUGUGGGACCUCAACAAGCGCCUGGAGGCCUACCUGGCCAGAGUGAAGUUCCUGGAGGAAGAAAACGAGGGGCUGAGGUCUGAGAUCCACCAAUUGCGAGGGGGUCCGCCGGAGGGCUCUUGGCGGGGCAAGUACGAGGAGGAGGUGGCCGCCUUGAGGGCCACCCUGGACCAGGCCUUCCAGGAGAAGCACGCGGCCGAGCUGGCCCGAGCCAGCCUGCACGAGGAGGUCCAGCUGGUCAAGAGCAGGUGUCAGAAGGAGCGGGCCGCCCGGGAGGAAGCCAAGAAGCUCCUCUCCUCGAGCAAGAAGGAGCUGGAGGAGGAGAAGAGGAGCCACAUCUGGCUGAGGGAAAGAGCCGCCCAGCUGGAGAAGGAGAUCGAAGCGCUGGCUGAAGCCCACGAGGAGGAGAGGGCGCAGCUGGACCGGGAGGUGGCCGGCUUCUCCUGGAGCCUGGAGAGCGUCCACGGCACACCUGCGCCCUUCCAGCUGGUGGGGGUGGAGGACUAUGCCAAGAGACUCGCCAACAUCUGGCGGGGGGCUGUGGAGACCUACAAGACAGAGGUCUCCCAGCUGGAGGCCUCCUUUGGUGAGGCGAAGGAGAACCUCUGGAAGGCCACCGAGGGCAACCGGCAGAGCCAGCUGCAACUGCAGCUCCUGGAGAGAGAGCUGGCCGGCCUCAAGGUGCGGAAGGAGGCGCUGGAGGAACGCCUUGCCCAGCAGUGGCAGCACCAGCAAGGGGAGGCGGAGAAGCUCCAGCUGGCCAUGGAGGGGCUGGAGGAGGAGAAGCGGGCGCUGGCCGUCCAGAUCGCCCAAGUCUUGGAAGACCGGCGGCAGCUGAUGCACCUGAAGAUGUCCCUCAGCCUGGAAGUGGCCACGUACAGGACUCUUUUGGAAGCAGAGAGUACACGGCUACAGAUGCCGGCAGACCACAAACUGGCCAUCGGCCUCCGAGAUAGCAAAUCGGAAGCAAUUGCCAGCAAACGCCAAGGACUGUCUCUGGAAAGAGGGUCCCUGAGUUCCCCAGACCCCAGGCUGAGCUCUGCCACCUUCUUGAAGGGAGGUGUGACCCCUCAGCCCCCCAGGAAACAAAAUGGCUCCUUCACAGUCAACAUGGCCGCUGUGCUCCCCAAGAGUAGUAGGAGCCCUGUGGUGUGCGGGUUCCAGAAAGCCAACACAAUCCUUCGGUCCCAAUCCACAAAGGCUUUUGAGGGGGUGGAUGUCCCUGCUUUCAUUGACUCCGCUGCCUUUGAGUUAGGUUCCUCCCCGCGAAACGAGGUGGUGACGGCCACCGAAGCUGGAACCGUUUCCCAGUCAUUCGUCCGUGAAUCGCCCCCGCUUUUCAGCUCCAUCAGUCCCACGGUUUCAAACGUCUUGGGAGAGUCCAGCUCAAAUGCCGGGCAAAGUCGCCGUCCAGAAGAUGGAGAUGAAAUUUCAGCCCAGAUGAAAACGGAGGAGUCGGGGAAGAAGGCGGAGCUUCAUGAGGAAGAGGAGGAGGAGGAGAACCAGCCCGGUGAAGAGCCCCCUUGGAAGACCGCCGCGCACUACGGGCCUGAUCCCUCCCUGCUGGUCACAGAAGCCUUGGAAAGCGCACUACAGGACGUUCCAGGGGGAGACGUCCGCUUCGAGGCCGGCUUGCUCAAUGUGGCCAAAUCCCCAAACGGCACUCCUUUCGGUGAGUCUUUGUCCCUGGAAGAGGAAAACGGGGCGGCCAUUUCUCCAAGCACAGCAGCAUUGGGGGAGGCCACGCCGGAGCUUCACAAACGCCGGACGGAAGACCGUCACUCAGCAGAUCGGCCGGAGGACAUCAACGGCUCUGAGUACUGCAGUGAGGCUCACAGUGGCCCAGAAGCGGGCUUGUGGGUGUCUCGGGUUGUAGAACCGUCCUCUCCGCAAGAAACAGAGUCUCUAGAGGAAGAGAGGAGUCCUCCCACCCAGCGCAACAAAGAGGACUUUGUAUUUGGCAUUCCAGUCGCUGAAGACGUUGACUGUUGCAACAUCAGGAGCACAUCAGAGCAGACUGAGGGGGGCAACGAGCAGCUCCCUGACCCCCAGACUCUUGUUCAGAGGGAGGAGUCGGAGGAGGGCUCCACGUGCACCGAAUCAGCAAGUCAACGGGACACCAAUGCGGCUGCCCCUUUCAGUGGGGACCAGGACCGCUCAGAGCCGGGCCCAAGCUGUCCUGAGGACCAGGCCAGCACCAUCGGAACAGACGUGGAGGAGGCCUAUGGAGGGGCAGAAGACCUUGAGGUAGUGAGCACAGAAGCCCUGCACCUCUCCGAGGACGAGGAGCGGAGAGCCCUUUCGAGUCCUUCGCGGGAGAGUGAAGAAGGUGACUUCCAGGCAGAGAUGCUGGACAGUGAGUUUCUUCAGACAGAAGAUUUUGCAGUCGAAACUUUGUCACCAGUAAGCCGCUCGUUUUAUUCUGCAGAAGGUCACCAAGAGCAUCACUUUCUUGGAGUAGAGCAGGAAACUCCUGAGGAACAAGCACCAUUUCCUGCCUUGCAGGAGGAAGAGGGGAAAGAGGUGGACUUAGAACCUGAGACCUCAAGUAUUGAAGAGGCUGUCUUGAGAGAUGAACACACAACAAACAUCUCGUCAGCUGAACCCAGGGCCACGGAGGAGGCAGGUACCAAGGAAGAGCACAUUUGGGAGCCACAGCAGGAUAUUAUGGGGCACGAAGGUCUCCUGGAAGAAGAGGAUGCUUUGGGCAAGGAAGACACCAUGGAGAAGGAAGAAAUGGCCACCUUGCAAGAUGUGACUUGCGAGCAAGAAACUGUCUUGCAGAAGGAGAAUGUGGAGAGUGUUCCAAGGAAGGAGACUUCCAAAGGAGAGCAAGGAGAGGAAGCAGAAAAGGGGAGUCAAGGAGACCUCCCAGUGGACCAGUGGAUGGAGGAAGAAGAGGUCACCACCAAAGGAGAACAAGGAGAGGAAACAGUAGAGGCAUGUCAAGGAGACCUCCCAGUGGAGCAGCAGGAAGAAAGGACCAUGAAAGGAGGGCAAGAAGAGGAAACAGUAGAGGCGUAUCAAGGAGACCUCCCAGCGGAACAGCAGGAAGAAGAGGUCACCAUGAAAGGAGGGCAAGGAGAAAAAACAGUAGAGGCGUAUCGAGACCUCCCAGCAGAACGGCAAGAUGAAGAGGUCACCACCAAAGGAGAGCAAGGAGAAGAAACAGUAGAGGCAUGCCAAGGAGACCUCCCAGUGGAACAGCAGGAAGAAGAGGUCACCACGAAAGGAGGGCAAGGAGAAGAAACAGUAGAGGCGUAUCAAGGAGACCUCCCAGCAGAACAGCAAGAUGAAGAGGUCACCACCAAAGGAGAGCAAGGAGAAGAAACAGUAGAGGCAUGCCAAGGAGACCUCCCAGUGGAACAGCAGGAAGAAGAGGUCACCACCAAAGGAGGGCAAGGAGAAGAAACAGUACAGGCAUAUCAAGGAGACCUCCCAGUGGAACAGCAGGAAGAAGAGAUCACCACGAAAGGAGGGCAAGGAGAAGAAACAGUAGAGGCGUAUCAAGGAGACCUCCCAGCAGAACAGCAAGAUGAAGAGGUCACCACCAAAGGAGAGCAAGGAGAAGAAACAGUAGAGGCAUGCCAAGGAGACCUCCCAGCGGAACAGCAGGGAGAAGAGGUCACCACCAAAGGAGGUCUAGAAGAGGAAACAGUAGAGGCGUGUCAACGAGACCUCCCAGCAGAUCAACAGGAAGAAGAGGUCACCAUGGCUUCUCCUGAAAGUGAUAUGAUGAAAAGAGAAGUUUUGAUAACAGGGUCAGAAGCAGCGGAGACUGAGGAGAUGGAGGCAGCAGCAGCGGGCUCUGUUAGUACGAGUGAUUUGCAGGAGAAAGAGAAUCCUGAAGUCCAACAGGCGUUCAUGACUGAGUCCCCACAGGAAGAAGAACAGACUUUUACUGCUGAGAGAGAAGAAGCCUACCGAAACCAAUGUUCACCGCUCCACGAAACCAGCAUUGGAGCACUGGAGGUUCCUUCAGGAGUGCCGAGCAACGCUACCAAUGGAUUUGAAGCGGAGUCCUACAGUGGCCCCGGGGACUUGGAUAUGUCUUCUGAAAGUGACCAUCACUUGCAAAGUGAUUAUUCAGGGUCUGAGGUUUCCCUGGAAUCCUUAGAGGUUUCCCCAAAUGCUGCCUGUGAAACAGAAGGGAUUGAAAAGGAGUUCGAAAGCAGUAAACGUAUUAAACUAGAGGAAACUUUGCCUGAUAACACGCCCUUGCAUUUGUAUGAUGAGAAGAUGUUAGCUGUGACUGGGAAGGACCUCCUGCUUCCAGAGAACAAAGAGGCAUCAGGGACAUCCCUUUUAACCAAAGAUAGUACCCGUUCUGUGGAGGUUACGGAGCAAGAGUUGGAGGAAGCGUGUCUGUAUGGUUCCCAAACAGAAGGGGAUGAUGCCAAGGUACUGGAGGAUGUAGAGAAGGAAGGAGAAUCUGCUCCCAAACAGGUUCCCCCCAACUCAGAGGAGCUUCCUGUUUCAAAAGAUUUAGAAGAAGCUAAGACUGAAACUCUGGACCUCGUCAGAAAUAACGAAGAAGACCUGCACUCUGGGGAACCUGUAACGCCCAUCACAGAAGCAUAUUUUCCCCCACUGGAUGCAGAAUUUGAUGAGCAGCCCAAGGAAACCUUGAAACGUGGAAGUGGUGCAAGAAAAGAAGCCGCGUGUGGAGAAAUGACCCAUGAGGAAACCUGUAGUACAGAUUUUGUUUGGGAGAUAGAAAGAGACAAUAUAUUCCAAGCAGAUCAGCCUGAUUCCAGCUACGAUCAGGAACAGGUCUGGGGGGGAAAUGACAGCCCUUUGGAAUGUAGUGACCCCAAUAAUGUAGUGUCUGAAGGUUCUCAUAAGGUUUCUCCUCUGACCAGUGUUGCUGACCUGGGAGAAAUUGUGUUGGAAGAGGAGCAGACUCCAGAUGGCCAGGAAGACCCUGCGGAACCUGAAGGUCAGGUGUACUAUGAGGAUGAGAGUUUGCUCGGCGCCCAUGAAUCCCAGCCAAUCUCUGAUCUGGAAAGCUGUGGAAGAGAAGAUCCCACCCAAGAAACAGACUUGGCUGAAAUUGAUUCUAGUGGUAUGGAUUUUACAGAACCUUCACCAAAGGCAGAAGCAAGUCUCCCCAUAGACGGUUUGAAAGCCUCUGAUAUCCUGGAGAUCGUAGAACAAGCCCUGGAGUUUAACCAAGAAGUUAUCAAGGCUUCUGAACAAACGGUUGAGGUGGAGCAGCUGGUGGCCUGGGGAGACCCCCAUGUCCCCCCCGAGGCAGAGAGUAAUGGCAGCUCUCUUGCCUUACCUGACGUAGGUAGAUCCCAGGUUUUUACAGAGACCCUAAAUGCCCCCUCCCCCAAUGCCAAAGACCCAACAGGAUCUGAUCAUUGGGUUGAAAAUAUUGGCAAUGGGCUGCCGCAGGAUUCAAGCCUGCCACAUUUCACCACUGAGAUACUGAACGGCAUCGGGGACCUUCAUUCUGGCAACAGGGUGUAUGAUGUGGGCUCUUCCAGGGAAGAACUAAUCGAGGAGGUUGCUAUCAGUCAGCACUUCGACAGAGAGGACGCAGAUGACCUGUCCAUGCUGGAGACCCUGAACCAAAAUCCACCACGGACUAAUGAAGAGGCAUCCAAAACUGGAGAAAUCUGUUCCGAAAUCCACAAGGACAUUUCACUGGAACACCGAGGGCAGGAGGGGCUGGAUGUGGACAAGAGCUUGUUUGCUAACAUCCUGCAGUCUGCUCACGUGAAAGGAAAGGAGGCUGAGAUAGAGACCGUUUCCAUCCCACCGCAUUUUGGAGAAGACAUUCUCCACCUGGAGUCCAGCCAACACCUGACGUUCCGACCAGAAGGUGAAGAAGAGUUAUGGUCUCCAGAAGACAACUGA